GCCAGUUGUCAAAUACUCGAUUACAUUAUUUAUUUACAAAAUAUGGCUUUAUUCUUUAAAAAAUAUACUUCUAACUAAUACUAAGUUUUUGCAGAAAAUUUAAGCUACGUAUAACUAAUGGCAUCGCUACUUUUACUUAGGUCUAUGUUAUAUGCUAACGCUUUGCACAAAUCCAAGAAAAAGAAACAAAAAAAGCGUAAGAAAUCUAAAUCGUAUACUAGUAUAUCGAGCUUUAAAAUAGCUCCAGGCAUGUGCAGGAUAUGUGCUUCAGAAAAUGGGGAUGUUCCCAUUUUUAACAACUUCGUACAACCCAAUAUUGCGGAAGAAAUAAAACAUUUUUCCGGUGUUUCGAUCAGCAAGACUGAUACCAUGAAACAGAUGUGUCAAAACUGCCUUGAUUUACUCAAUGGGUGUAUCAUGUUCAGGGAUAUGUGCCAAAAGAAUAACAAAAGAUUGCAAGAGUUAGAAGAGAUAUCUGUCAAAGAAGAAUAUGUAAAAUGUGAAAGUAGUAAGGAUCAAAAUGAUGAUGAUCAAGAGCUUAAUGACCUACCUGACGAACACAAUGAAGACAGCAAUGACUCCUACAACAUCCCCUCGCCUACAUUUUCUGUUGAUGCAGCUAUUUGGGGUUGUAAUACAUGUGGCAAAGACUUCUUUGAUAUGGAUUCCUACAGUGACCAUCUAUCGCGUUGUCCUGGAGACAGUGCGCCAAAACCGCCAGAAGAACUAACAAAGAGAAAAUUUCUUUGUGACAUUUGUGGCAAAACAUGCUCUUCCAAUGCUAGUCUCUUAGUUCAUAUGGGCAUCCAUGAAAACGUAUUUCCCUUCAAAUGUGACGUGUGCCCAUACCAAGGCCGCACCAUGGACCUGCUGAAGGUGCACAAGAGGUCCCACAUGGCCGACAAACCAUUCAAGUGCACGCAGUGCCCCAAGGCCACCACCACGUCUAGUAAUCUCGCCAAACACAUGCGCCAUGUGCAUAGCACACAGAGGCCUUUCAAGUGUACAUAUUGCGACAAGGCGUUCUCGUACCAACACGACAUGAAGCGACACAUCAAGGACAUCCACCUGCGGCAGGGCACCGUCGAGUGCGACGUCUGCUACAAGAAAUUCAACACUAAGAAAAUACUACAAGGCCAUCGAUGGAAAAUUCACAAAAUCAAAGGGGAACGGCAAGGACGCCUACCGUCGUACUUGCAGCAUCAAAUGGAGGAACAAGACCACCAGGAGCAAGAGAUCGCCAUGGGACAUAUGGACCAACCCUACUGAUAUUCAUAAAACAUCUACUAAUGUUAAAUACCUACUAAGGAUAGUAGGUACUAGUAGUAACAUAGUUACUUGACGAUUAUUUGGUGGUCCUAUGAUCCUAUGAAUAACUGCCUAAGUAAGGUUAAAACCCACAGCACAGAUUAUAAAGGAACCUAAAAAGUCUGUAGUUUGUGAUUUAUCAUAAUAUCUUUUAAAAAUUCUAACUUAUUUAUUUUAAAUCUUGAUAUUUGCGGGGUUAUAAAUUUAAAAUUAUAAAUUUAAACUGCAAUUACCAUUUUAACGUACUUAGUACUUACCUGAUGAUGAAACCGAUUUUUUUGGGGUUCCGUACCUCAAAAGGAAAAAACGGAACCCUUAUAGGAUCACUCGUGCGUCUGUCUGUCUAUCUAGUAAGGCCAAUAAGCAUAUUACCACUCCUAUCUAAAGUACUCGAGAAGGCCGUAUGCAUGCAGUUAACCGAAUUUCUUGAGAGUAACAAGAUACUACCAGAAAGGCAAUCUGGCUUCAGAAAAGGACACAGCACCUCCACAGCCCUGUUGGAUGUAGUUGAUGAAAUCCUAACUGUACAAGAUAAAGGCAAGGGAUCAGUAUUAGCACUUUUAGAUUUUUCUCGAGCGUUUGAUAGUAUUAACACGUCCAUUCUUCUAUCUAAAUUAGCUUAUUAUGGUUUUAGCAAUAGUUCAAUAAGCUGGUUUGCGAGCUAUCUAACUAAUCGAUCACAAUUUGUUGAAGUACGCGGUGCUGACGGUUCUAACGUAUCGUCGGAACUACUCCCAGUGUCUAGGGGAGUUCCUCAAGGCUCUAUUCUAGGCCCCGUGUUAUACAGCCUCUACAGCGCAGACAUUGUAAGGAACAUACGUCAUUGCAAAUUCCAUGUAUACGCCGAUGAUAUUCAGAUUUACAUAUCUUUUAAACCAGAAGAUACACAAAUGGCUGUUGAUAGACUGAACGAAGACUUGCACCGUAUUGCUAUUUGGUCAAAAAUGAAUAGUUUAGUACUCAAUCCUACAAAAUCUAAGUAUCUGGUGUUAGGUUCAAAAAAACAAGUAAACCGAAUCAAUACUUUAAAUCCGAGCGUAAACAUUACAGGUCAAAAUGUGGACAUGGUGGCAGAAGCCCGUAACCUAGGAAUCCUUAUGGAUAGUUCCUUGCAUUUCGAAAACCAUAUCAUUGAAACGGUUAGAAAUUGCUUCUAUAGAUUAACAGUUCUUUACAGGGUGCGAAACUAUCUCAGUGUGGACAUGCGCGUGAAAUUAUGUGACACUCUUAUCCUAUCCAAACUUAAUUAUGCGGAUACGGUAUACGGGAACUGUUUACUGGCUCGCACCAAAAGAGUUAUUCAACGACUGCAAAAUGCCUGCGCACGCUUUUGCUUCCCGAUACCACCUCGGUCGCACAUAAGCCCAUACCUGAGUACUAAUAAACUCUUAAACAUGAAUAAUCGACGCAUUCUACAUUUUGCUACGCUCCUCUUUGGUAUCUGUAACAGUAAAAGGCCGGUGUACUUAUUUGAGAAAUUGACCAUCUAUCAACACAUCAGGCGUGGUCCCAGACUACUAUGCCCAAGGCACAGAACCGCUGCAUUCCGUGGCAGCUUUCGCUACGCUGCCACGAAGUGCUGGAAUAAUCUUCCGCCACCAAUCCGACAGAGCAGUACUAUAGGUUCCUUUAAAUCAAGACUCAAAGCGUACCUAAUGGACCAACAAAGUUUUGCUGCCUGAAGCUAAAUACUUAAAAAAAUCCGGAUCCCGUCAUCGUCAUUAUUACCUAUUCUGUUCUGUUCUUUAGUUAUUCACCAGUUAAGUUAUGUAUAUUUGUAUAUAUAUAUAUAUAAAUUCGAUGUAUAUAUUUAUAUUAGUAGUACUCUAUGUUAUUACGUCACGUCGUCCACAACGUGUCCCGUCCCGAACUAUGCUGUCCCGCACACUCCGCUGGCUCCACAGAAAACCAGCGCCGUUGACCACGCUAGUCGUGCCAGCUGCAUUGCUGAGUGGAGACCAUUUCGGCUUCACAUCACUAUUUCUACUGUUUCGUUUAUCUUUGUCUUGUAUUUGCUAUAUAUGUGUUGUAUUGAUGUGUUGUCUGAAUAAAUGAUUUCUAUUCUAUUCUAUCUGUCUGUCUGUCCGUCUGUCACAGCCUAUUUUCUCCGGAACUAAUGGGCCAAUUAAGUUGAAAUUUGGUAUACAUAUGUAAGUUUGUGACCCAAAGACGGACAUGUAACGUAAACAAAUGAAUUUUAAACACGGGGGCCACUUUUGGGGGGUAAAUGAGAAAAUUUAAAAAUAAAGUUUUUCAAACUUUAUCGUGUUACAUAUCAAAUGAAAGUGCUCAUUGUGAGAAUCUUAAAUAUAUGUUUUUUAUAAUUUUAGAAGUUAUUCAAGAAAAUAGGCAAAAAAAGAACCAUUUCCCAACACCCCCCCCCCCCCCCCCUUUAUCUCCGAAAGUACUGGGUCAAAAUUUUUGAAAAAAAUACACAAAAUAGAUCUCUACCUAUAGAUCACAGGAAAACCUAUUAGAAAUGUGCAGUCAAGCGUGAGUCGGACUUAAUUACUUAGUCCGACCCGACUUAGGUCGAUCCGACCCCUACGGGUUUUUUAAAGACAUUUCACAUAAAAAAAAUAUUGUUUAAAUUGUGUAAUGUACGGAACCCUUGGAACGCGAGUCCGACUCGCACUUGGCCGGUUUUUAUAAUUAAGUACUGCGUCGUAGGGUAAAACACCCAUUAAUCGGCACCCAACGUGACGGCAACCGGUUUAAAGAGAUUUUUUUUUCUUGUUAUCGGCCAAAUAAUACAUUGAGACUGAGACGGAAGAAAAAACAUAGUCUUAUUUCAGGAACACCAACAUUAUAGGUAUUUAAAAUAUAAUAUAGUUAUAAACUCAUCAAUUUUAAAAUUAUUUUUGAUUACUUAGUAUAAUGUAUAGACGUCCCCGUUUAUUGUUGUAUGUGCUUAGAGCCUAAAUAGUGCAAUAGAAGACAAAUGUUUAAAACAACUUAUUUUGUGUAAGCAUCAACUUUAUAGUUUAGGGAUACCUUCUCGUCAAUACUGGCCUUAAAGAGAAAAACUAGUAUAGACGUAUAAUAUAAUUAAUAUAGGUUUGAUUAUUGUACAAGACACAAUUUAGUUUUGGACAUAGACACAUAUUAGUCUGCUCUAUUCGGAUACCUACCUACUCAGCAUCAUGUUUUGUAAAAUAAUCGAGUUAGUAUAAUUUGUAUAACUUGCUUAAAAAAAAAUGAAAAUAUAAACUCAAGCUGCCAUAUUUAUUUUUUGUUUUUAUAAUACUGCUUUAUACAACACGGAUAACACAAUAAUAUUUACACGUUUCUUUCGUGAUUUCUUAAAUUGAUAUUUUACAUUGAGUAUUAUUUUUUUACAUUCAGUGUAUUUAUAUGCAAAUACUUACGGAAUGCAAGUACAAUAUACCUUUAUUUUAUUAUCUGAGAAAUUAAGAUUAUUUUAUGCGCCAUUAUAGGUAAUUUAUUUAAUUGAUACGCUUUUAUAGCUCGAUAAAAAUAAUGAGCUGCUAUCAUCACACUAGAAAUAAAGUCAUACAGAGUCAAACG